CGGGCCGAGAGGAAGCUGCCAUCCCCCCACCACCACCACCACCCGCGGGAACGUGGCAUCAUAAUUAUAUAGGAAGCAGAAGAGUCUGCCGUCUGUCAGAGCAGAGGAAAGCUGCAGGCGGCUCACACAUGGACAUGGAGGUCUGCUUCUGACACUGUUUGGAAGAGGAAGAAGAGGAAGCAGUGAUGUCCGAGAAGAAGCCACGAGGCUCAGACACUCGUCCCAAAUGUGGCCUCCGCAGCUGGAGCGCCGACAGCUACGUCUGGAGGGGGAAGAAACGCUCUCGGAGCUCCCGCAACUGCUCCAGUCCCGGCGGGAUGGAGACGGACGUGACGGAGGAGCUCGGCCUUCGGUCGACUUCCUGUCCGAGGCGGCGCAGGGAGAGGAAGUGCAGCUGCAGCGCCCUCGGAGACGCCCUGACGUCCGGAGACAUCGAUGUGGUUUGCAGGAAGGCCUUGUCCAGACGAUCUCUGAGGCAGAAGUUUCAGGACGCCGUGGGCCAGUGUCUCCCUCUGCGCUCCCACCAUCACCACCACCACCAUCACCACCACCACCCACCGGGCUCCUCAAGGCCCUUCUCGGUGCUCUUCUGGUCCAAACGUAAGAUCCACGUCUCAGAGCUCAUGCAGGACAACUGUCCAUUCUCGCCCAAGUCUGAACUGGCCCGAUGUUGGCACCUUAUAAAGAAUCACGCCACCCACCCAAGUGCCCUCAAAGACAUGGAGGCUCCUCUGAAACCCAACGUCUCCUCAACCGACUCCCCACCACAGACGCCCCUCUCCUGGGAGGAUAUCUGCUGCUCCCCUGGGCCUGGAAGCACCAGUCUGGAGGACUGGAACCCUUCCUGCCCUCAUGCGGGAGCAGAGGGCGGCUGCAGCUACACUGAUUACAUCCUGGUUCCUGACCUGCUGCAGAUCAACAACAACCCCUGUUACUGGGGGGUGUUGAACCGCUUCGAGGCCGAGGAGCUGUUGGACGGCCAGCCGGAGGGAACGUUCCUGCUCCGAGACUCUGCCCAGGACGAGUUCCUCUUCUCGGUCAGCUUCCGUCGCUUCAGCCGCUCGCUGCACGCACGAAUCGAGCAGAACGGGAAGCGUUUCAGCUUCGACGUGAGGGACCCGUGUAUGUACCGGGACCCCAGUGUGAUGGGGCUCCUCAGGCACUACAGCGACCCGGCCACCUGCCUCUUCUUCGAACCUCUGCUGUCCAAGCCGCUGCCGAGGACCUUCCCUUUCACUCUGCAGCACAUGUGCAGGGCGGUGAUCUGCAGCUGCACCACCUACCAGGGCGUAGACAACCUGCCGCUGCCUCCUCAGCUCAGGGAAUAUCUCAGACAGUAUCACAUCAAGUGUGACGGGGCGUCCGCUGUGUGAAUGUCAGAAAAGGCCUCAGUAAUGGAGGGCAAAGACAGGACAAGCAGAAGCAGCUUCUCUUGGGAAAGUGGACAGAACACUCCCUCUAAAAUCCAAAUGACUGCUUAAAGAUGCAGAACUAGAGAGGUUUGUUGAUUGUGAAGCAUCAAGAGACAGAAAAAGAACCAUCAGGCUUCUCUGCAGUUUUGAAUUCACACACUGAAGGAACAAAUGGAUGUCAAGUCCCAAUUAUCAUCCUUUGGUACCAAGAGAUGGUUUGAAACCUGGAUUUAGGUUUUCUAGGAGACAAUGCAGCAGCCUGUACAGCUGACCGUGAUACACCAAGACGCCUAUAAUCAAGCAAAUAUGCUCCAGAACAGUCACCUUAAUAUCUUCACUGAAAUAAGAAUUCUGGAAACUCACCAAGACAUUAAACCUUCACCUCUUGACUUCAGCUGAAUCACACUUGUCUUAUGUGAAAGGCACCUUUCCUAGUCACAGUAAUAUAAUUAAAACAUGACGCUUAGCUUUGGUUUUAGAUUAGAGAUACAGAGAAUCCACCUACAUCCAGAAAUAUGCAAACAUUAUUAUCCCUCUGAACCUCCAAAUCCAAUGGCAGAUUUGAAAGGGUUGUUAUCUUUUUAUAAAUUGCCAAAAUUACACUGUUUUUCAAAGUCAGAAACUGUAGAAAUAAAAUUAAAUGUUGGAUUUUAAACCUUAUAACAGUCCUUGAAUAUAUCUCAUGUAAGAUGUGAUUCCAUCAGGAAAAAUAACCAAAUCUAAGCUUAAAUAUGGGACAUUUCCUAAAAAUCACUUUAUUCUACAUGUGUCAUUUUUGAAGAAGUCACCGAUAAUACACAAUUACCACAAAGAAAUCUGUGCUUUGUGGCACAACUAUGAAGCCAUGAGUGACUCAGCAGUGACCAACAGUCAUGUGAAAAAAAAUUAAGUGACGUUUUUUGGCUGAACUGCAGGCUGUGCUUUGCAAAAAAAGGGAACAUGUAAGCAGUGCAGUGCCUAUAUAGUAUGUUGACCGUAUUUUCCAGUACUGGCAACACAUGUGGCAACUUGGAUGAAUGAUAUGACUUAAUGUAUUGAUAAUUUUUGUCAAAUAAAUAAGCAAAGAAAUAUAACUUUUUUUUUCUUUUUAAAAUUUAUGGCAUCAUACUGCAUUUGCACAAAAGGCAUUUCUGAGUUGUCUCUACUUCUAGACAUGGUUGUGCUGUCUCCAUAGACGUACAGGACUCCAUAUUGCAGUGAAAAAUGAGCCCCCAGUGAGUAAAAAAAGUCCAAGAAAUGCUUGGGGUUCAGAGGGUUGUGGUGUCAGUAGCUUCACAAACAAAUGCUUAAAUCUCUUUAGACCUCGUCUUAGUCCUUUUCAUACAUCACCACAUAACUGUACCAAUACAGGCUCAACCAGCCUUAGUCAACUUUAAGAUGGAGAAAGAGCAAGUUUCAUCCAUUUGCAAUCACAGACUGGAGACAGAGUCCACUGUGGUCAACAGAGCUGAGACGUUAAGGCACCAUGUCAGAUGUGCAACCUUAAAAGAAGACACCUUCCACAUCUGGCGGGAUGGUGUGAAGUUUGUGUUAUGAAAAGGAGGAAACAAGAAGGCUUACUUCGAUACAGAAAAACCAAACAAUGCUAAAGAGAGAACACUCUGCAAGCGGUGAGAAAACGUGAAAUAAAUGGAGUUUUGGUUCAAAUGGACUCAAUCAAAAACACUGGACUGCAUUUUGUUUCUGCAGCCACAAGAUGGCGCCACAACUUUACCAAAGACUCCAUCUGCUCCACUUGUCUGUCUUUACAUCACUUAAAAGCUUCUUCACCACUGAAAACUCUUCUGUAAAUCAGCAUUUUAACAUAAUUUGUGCCUGAUAAAAGACUGUUUACAUGUUGGAGUGAAGUACACUAAAGCUAACUUAUCAUCACAGUAUUUGAAUCACCGUGAUGCCCCCCUCGAGGCUCGCAUUGUAUUCACCACAUAUCAAUAAAUGCCAUUUACACUGCCUCUGUAAA